UGGGUGCCGCCGGGCAUGUCCGCCCCGGCACAGUCCGCCGCUCCCGGCUCCUUCCAGAGCCCCCGGAGGCUCCCGAAGCGCAAGAGCCGCUUCAAGCGCUCGGACGGCAGCACCUCGUCCGACACCACCUCCAGCAUCCUCCGCAGGCAGGGCUCGGCGGACUCCUACACCAGCCGCCCGUCCCUGGACUCCGACGUGUCCCUGGACGAGGACCGUGAGGGUGCCCGGCGCGAGGUGGAGAGCCAAGCCCAGCAGCAGCUCGAGAGGGCCAAGCACAAGCCGGUCGCCUUUGCUGUGCGCACCAAUGUCAGCUACUGCGGGGCGCUGGACGAGGAGUGCCCGGUGCAGGGAGCCGCCAUCAAUUUUGAAGCCAAAGAUUUCCUGCACAUCAAGGAGAAAUACAGCAAUGACUGGUGGAUUGGGCGCCUAGUGAAGGAGGGGGGGGACAUCGCCUUCAUCCCCAGCCCCCAGCGCCUGGAAGCCAUGAGGCUCAAGCAGGAACAGAAAGCCAGGAGAGCUGGCAAUGCCUCAGGCCUCGGCGACAGCGGGAACCGGCGAUCGCCUCCCCCCUCCUUAGCCAAGCAGAAGCAGAAGCAGACACAGCACAUCCCACCCUACGAUGUGGUCCCCUCCAUGCGGCCCGUGGUGCUGGUGGGGCCCUCGCUGAAAGGAUACGAGGUCACCGACAUGAUGCAGAAAGCCCUCUUCGACUUCCUCAAGCACAGAUUUGAUGGCAGGAUCUCCAUCACCCACAUCACAGCUGACCUCUCCCUGGCCAAGCGCUCCAUCCUCAACAACCUGGGCAAGCAGGCCAUCCUGGAGCGCUCCACCACCCGCUCCAGCAUCGCCGAGGUGCAGAGUGAGAUCGAGCGCAUCUUCGAGCUGGCCAAGUCCCUGCAGCUGGUGGUGCUGGACGCCGACACCAUCAACCACCCGGCCCAGCUGGCCAAGACCUCUCUGGCACCCAUCAUUGUCUACGUCAAGGUGUCCUCGCCCAAGGUCCUGCAGCGGCUCAUCAAGUCCCGGGGCAAGUCCCAGGUGAAGCACCUCAACGUGCAGAUGAUGGCGGCCGACAAGCUGGUGCAGUGUCCCCCGGAGCUCUUCGACGUGAUCCUGGAUGAGAACCAGCUGGAGGACGCCUGCGAGCACCUGGCCGAAUACCUGGAGGUGUACUGGCGCGCCACGCACCACCCGCCGCAUGCCCCCCACGCCGUGCCCUCGCCCACCGGCCUCCCGGGCCUGCAGAGCCAGCAGCUGCUGGGGGAGCGGGGGGAGCACUCGCCGCUGGAGCACGACAGCCUGAUGCCAUCGGAUGAGGCGGGGGAGACCUCGCCCCAGCCCUGGGGGGCUGCAUCCCAGCGCAGCUCCCGGCACCUGGAAGAGGAGGAGUACGCGGACCCCUACCCCGACCUCUACCAGCCCCACCGGCACCACAACAGCGGGCUGCAGGGCCCCGGCGCGCCGGAUCGCCAAACCGAGCGCAACCACGACAGGAACUGGCAGCGCAGCCGGCCCUGGGCCAAGGACAGCUAUUAGGGGUGGGGAGGGGGGGGGGACACGGCUGGGAACCGGUCCCCCCACCCCGGGCGCUCCCCGCCUCGCCCCAGCCCCGUGCUGGGGGUGCUCAGACAAUCUCCCUCUCUCGGGGAAAUCCUCCGCACCGGCAGCUUCCUCGCGCCCGGCCCCCCGGGCACGUCUUCAGCCAUAAGCACAGGGGGGGCUGGCAGCCAGGAUGCCCCAGGACCCCACCCCAGCUCCUGGGGAUCUGGGGGCAGCCACACGCCUUCUCCCUGCCUCAGUUUCCCCGCCUGGCCCCCGCAUCGCAGGCUGUCUCAUUCCCCGCAGGGCAGCUGUCAUAAACAGAGGGUGCCUCCCCCUGAAAAGACCUGUGGGCCAGGUAACGGGGAGAGGGGGGGGACAGUUUUAGCAGUGUCCCCCAUCCCGCGCAGACCCGAGGAAGAAGGGGAAGGUGCCUGCUCCCCCCUCCCCAGGGCUUGACCUGCCCCCUCCCCUGCCCCUGCAUGGGACCCCCAGGAGGAGGGGGCCACACCAGUCGCUUCGCUCUGCACCAAUUUCUCCCUGCCCCGGUCACCGCAGCCAAACCGCUUCCUCCCUGGGGGAACGGGGGACAGAGAAGGGCGGCCGGACCCUGCAUGGGGGGGGGGGGGGGCCGCUCCACGCCUGCACUCGCUGUCCCGUCCCCGUUGCCCCCCUCCCCGCGUAGCUGUCACCGCACGUCACCGCACAGUCCUGUAAAUAUGGCACCCGCUGCCCUUGGCUGGGGGCUGCUCGGCACAGGGUCCUGGCGCUGGGCCGAGCCCCCCCCCCGGGGCCCUUUGCAGGGAGCCGGCCUGAGCCGGCAGGGGUGGGGGACGGGUGGGGGCCACAGAUUUGUUAUAAUUUCUUUUGUAGAAAGCACUGAUUUCCCUGUAACCGGUUUCAGAAACACAAGAGUGCUCGGA